CGACAGCGUUGAUGGAGGAGGUGCCACUGGUGGCGGUGGUGCUGGCAGCGAUUACGAACCCGGCGAGGUGCGUCGUGAUCCGCCUCCGUAUUUUCGUUCGGAUCGAUACGCCUCCGAUGAUCAUGGAUUGAUGCUUGCAACCCUCGUUGCCAUUGCCUUGUGUUGUCCACCAAAGAAAUGUCACUUAUGGACUAUUGAAUGGUGAAUAAGUUUUGCUGUUGUUUUUUUCAGCGAUAAUUAUGCCUGGUGCAAGAACUUGGGCCUUCAGGAAGGCACGUUGAUGGGAUUUUUAAAUGAUAACAUGACUGUGUGGCAACUGAUUUUUGAACUAAUGGUAUUACUUCGUUGGCAAGCCAUGUGGUUGUAUGAAUAUGUUUGAAGCUCUCAGGUUAUGGUGAAUGUGGUAUAUGUCGUUUUCUUUUCAUGGGAUUAAAUUUUGACCAGCCAUGCAUCUCAUUUGGAAGUAAGGUAUGCUGAUCAUGUAAAUGUUUACUAAGAAGAUGUGCUGUUUUAUCUGAGUUCUCAGAUACAACUAACCGUAAAUCUGACAGUUGUUAAAAUCUCUAAGUUUGGGGAGCUAUUUAACAAUGAUGAGGGGUGAGGAAUGCAAUUGCUACGAAAAAGCAGACAUUGGCUGCUGAUUGUAUCUGAUUUUAGUUGUAUUCUUAAUAUUGGAAAUGUUGAAAUUCUGGUAUGUGGUAAGUUUCUAGCCUGUUGAAGUUUGGGUUGAAGUUCAAAACUAAAAUGUUUGAAUGAUUUAUUGUGGGCUAACAGGGCCAUUUUAAAGCAAAGUUUUGUGAGAGCAGACAGAAUUGUGACUUCAUGGAUCGCAUUAUUUUGUAAAGUAUCUGCUGGACUGACUUAGGUUCUGAAUUGGAUAUGGGAAAUGGAAACAUAAAGCUGUUGGCAUCUUGGAAAAGAUUGGUUACAUGGGGUAUUGAACAGAUAAUUUCAUUAAUUUCUUAUUGAUUUUUGGUAGGAUUUUGUUGUCUGUUUCAGGUUUGCGUGGUUGUUCAUUCUCACUUUUUGUCGGGUACCUAUGACCAAGGAUCUCGGAUGUAUAUAUUUUGGAAUGGUAUCAACAGUGUGCCCUUGAGUGAACAUGUAAAUUCUGCAAGUGAACGAAGUUUCUAUCUGAAUUUCACCUAGGUGCAUGACCAAGUGUUGGCUUGGUCACCAUGAGUUUUGGCUAUAUAUUGCAGGGUUGUUUAGAGAUAACUAAUUUUAACACUUAAUGGUUGUCAAGUUUGAUUGUGCCAUCCAAUUUAGCAAAACUUAGCUCAUUUUUGUCCAAAGGAUCUUAAAUCCUGAUCUUCUGAGGUGUGGAUAGUUAUGGUGUUUGUAUUUUUACUGGUAACAUCAGCAUAUUACUUGGGAAGCAAUUUCAAGGGAAGUUGUUGGCUGGUUUUUUAGGCUCGUCUACACUAGUCUCUUAUUUCUAUAGUAUUUUGACAAGGAGAUGCUUCCAGUUGUGGUAACUGUUCCUUAACAUGCUUGAAUUUGUCCUUGGCAUUUCUUGGGUUGCACAUUGGCUUGUAUAGGACACUAUUCUUAGGUGACUUGUAAUCACAUGAUUGGGUGUUUAUAGCUUCGGGCACUGGCUUUUUUCAGGUUAUAGAAUGCGUGCAGGCUCCGUUUCUCCUGUGCGACGUAGUGAUGCAGAUCGUCGCUAUAGUCCUGGUUUUGAUCAUUCUGGUGCUCCACCACGGGGUCGUGGAAUUGGAAGUGGGAGAGAUCUUGGUAGAUAUCGUGAAAGCUCCCCUCCUUAUGGCCGUGGGAGGGGUGGUGGCAGGUUUGGUAGAGUGUAUGAUGGCCCUGGAUAUGGGCCUGGACCAUUCAGAGGUGAAGGUUUGACAAGAAAUAACCCUAAUGUGCGCCCAAGAGAAGGAGAUUGGGUUUGCCCAGAUCCCUUAUGUAAAAACUUGAAUUUUGCUAGGCGUGAGCACUGUAACAACUGCAACAGGUUCCGUUAUGCACCUACUGGGAGUCCUAGGAGAGGUUAUCCUGGUCCCCUGCCGACUUCCACUCGUCAUUUUCCUGGUCCUUCGAUGGAUCGCUCUUCAGGGAGGAACAUGAAUGGCUAUAGGUCUCUUCCUCGUGGUUGGGCCAGAGAUGGUCCUAGAGAUUUCAGAGCUGUUGCCCCUCCCAGAAAUGAAGGCAGAUUCCCCGAUCCUCCAAUCCGUAGAGAUGAACCAGAUUUCCCAGUCCAGGACUUCAGGGAUAGAUACAGGUUCGAUAGACCAGUACCCCUAGAUUUGGGCCCUAGAAAUCGUGGAAGGGAUGGCUUCAUUAGUGAGAGGAGAGGGGCAUAUGAGAGACGACCAGUUUCACCACCUCCAGCAGCACUUGCUCAUGGCCCGUAUGAGAGACGACCAGUUUCACCACCUCCAGCAGCACUUGCUCAUGGCCAAUGGGCUCGAGAUAUUAGAGGGAGAAGCAGGUCUCCUGUUAGAGGUGGGCCACCACCGCCUAAAGAUUACCAUCGCGACAUAUAUAUGGAUCGGGGCCGAAAUGAUCGGCGUUGUAUGGGAAGGGAGGCAUUUUAGCUGGUGGUGUCGAAGCAUUGCAUUGCAGAUAUUGGUGUGUUGAGAAUUUUAAGGAUUAUGUUGCAUAAAAUUACUCUUUUUUUUUUUUUUUUUUUUUUUUUUUGUCUGAAGUUGGAUGUACUUUGUGUUGAGAGUUUAGCUGAGAGUCAUGUCAUUUUGAAGUCUUGAUUACUGUUCUGGAGAUGUUCGUGUUCACGGAGAAUCCAACGUUUUGCUCGACAAUUUUGUGCAUUUUAUCGUAGUAAAAGCCAUUCUAUGGAAACUCGAGUGUUCUUUUGCA